AUGUCGACGACGCGCGAGCUGAUUCCGCUGUUUGGCGGCAGCAAGCUGCCGAUGAACAACGAGAUCCUUAUCCCGGGCGCCAUGUACCUUAGUACUAACGCGAUCUACUUGGGCGGCUGGUCUUAUGGGCCGCCAUGGCGCCGGAAGCGGAAUGCCGUCGUGUGUCGUGGUACCGCUUCGGGCGGCCGCAAGUGGCCGGACAGCUGGCGGCACUUUCACCGCCACCGGCUGGUCGAGAUGCUUAACGGCACGGCUGUGGAAGAAGCUGAGGUAGGCGACGGCUUGCUAACCACCGGCCCCUUGCCGUCGCCGGACCAGUACGAUGUUGCUCGGCGCCGCGAGGGCCGCCUCAGUGCCUGGUUAAGCAGCUUAACCGAUGCUUCCUUCAAUGACCGCAACUGCUUCCUGUACGGCCUGCUGGGCUUCUUUUCGGGCGACCGCAAGGGUGACGCGGCUGCACGCUUGCUGGCCGAGACUGGCAAGGCCUGGGCUAAGGUCGUUCUGCGGCGGGACGACAUGCUACUAUACACAUGGCGGGCGCUGCUGGAGUUUGCACGGGUGUGCGAUGAGGCGCGAGAGACGCCUGGGUUCGUGGAGAAUCUUGUCAAGGGCGAUUUACGGGUUCACAGCCAUUAA